UGUUUUAAGACCGUCCCGACAAGUCCCGCGGCUCUUCGUGCUGCCUGCGUGUUCGCGAGGGGCAGCCGUUCGACUGGCCACUGCUGCUGGGGUGAAGUUGCGCGGCCGUGUUCACCGGAGAGAGCAGCUCCGGGAGGAGAGCAGAAGUUUCCGAGCCCUGUCGUGGACCGCGCGCGCGCGCGCGCCGCUGAGAUCCGCAGGAAUGUCGCAGAAGGAGAGACCCACUUUCUACCGACAGGAGCUGAACAAGACCGUGUGGGAGGUCCCGGACCGAUACCAGAACUUGUCCCCCGUCGGUUCCGGCGCAUACGGCUCUGUGUGCUCAUCGUAUGAUGUGAAAACAAAUCUGAAAGUAGCAGUGAAGAAGCUGUCCAGACCAUUCCAGUCCAUCAUCCAUGCAAAGAGAACCUACAGAGAACUGCGGCUGCUUAAGCACAUGAAGCACGAGAAUGUGAUCGGUCUGUUAGACGUGUUCACGCCGGCGAUGAGCUUAGAGGAGUUCAAUGACGUUUACCUGGUGACUCAUCUAAUGGGGGCAGAUCUCAACAACAUUGUCAAGUGUCAGAAGUUGACAGACGACCAUGUUCAAUUCCUCAUCUACCAAAUACUAAGAGGGUUGAAGUACAUUCAUUCUGCUGCCAUCAUCCACAGAGAUUUAAAGCCCAGUAAUUUGGCGGUGAAUGAAGACUGUGAACUGAAGAUCCUAGACUUUGGUUUGGCGCGACACACGGAUGAUGAAAUGACGGGUUACGUUGCCACGCGGUGGUACAGAGCCCCAGAGAUAAUGCUCAACUGGAUGCACUACAACAUGACAGUGGAUAUCUGGUCUGUGGGCUGCAUCAUGGCUGAGCUGCUGACAGGACGGACGCUCUUCCCAGGCACUGACCACAUAAAUCAGCUCCAGCAGAUAAUGCGCCUCACUGGAACUCCCCCUGCUUCCCUGAUAAGCAGGAUGCCCAGUCAUGAGGCCAGGAACUACAUCAACUCACUUCCUCAAAUGCCAAAGCGAAACUUCGCAGAUGUGUUCAUCGGGGCCAACCCGCUUGCGGUGGACUUGUUGGAGAAAAUGCUGGUGUUGGACACGGAUAAACGGAUCACGGCGUCGGAGGCUCUGGCUCACCCUUACUUUGCCCAGUACCACGAUCCAGACGACGAGCCGGAGGCCGAGCCCUACGAUCAGAGUUUUGAGAGCCGAGAACUGGAGAUUGAGGAGUGGAAGAGACUAACGUAUGAGGAGGUCCUGAGCUUUGUGGCGCCGUCCUUUGACAGAGACGAGAUGGAAUCCUGAGGAACAUUUUUUUUCCAGUGACGACUUUCUGAGAAACACUUAAUGAAACAUUGGUCUCUUGUGACUGCCCGCCCGGCUCCCCUCACUCUCCUGCCAUUAAAGUGCCUGCCAUUACCGUCUCUGGGGAAAGUUGCUGUUUCAGGGAUUUAAUGUCACACCGUGCUCGUCGUUGCUCUUUCUCUAGUAGCCAAAAACGCUGAAAGAGACUUAUUUUAUAUACUGAUGUAGGUUUUUACUUGAGACAGAAAUAUUGGAGUACUUUUCUGAGCAGUUAUAGCAUAUUUUAUACCUAAUAUAUAUGACUUGGCAAACAUUGAAAUUGCAUGAAAGCUAAUAGGAAAGAGUGAAUAUCACUACUAAAUGAAAUGAUUAAUCUACGUACAAAUGUAAGUACAUCAUACAGUGAUUCUAGUAGUGUCUAUCAACCAAAUUAGGUACCAUUUUAAUGUAUCGAUGUGUAACAGUUUAAUGCUCCUGCGGAUCAUGUGACAAUAAAUAUUGUAUAACUGAAGUAAUAAAUUGUAAUCCGAUAUAACAGUAUGUAUAGCACAGAAUUGUAAACUAUCCAUGUCUUAAACUUGAUUUAAAAGCUGAUCAUAUGUUCCCCUUGAUAAUUCCAGUCAUUGUUUUGCAGCUGUUCCUGUAUAUUCCAUCAUAUCCACCGUGGUUAUUUUUGUAGGCUCGACUCCUGCUUCCGCCGUCCCUCACCUUUCUGCACUUUGUGUAUUGUUGUUACAAGAAUGUCGUUUAAUUAUAUGAAACUUGAUUCGGCUUUGUAUAAACCCGUAAUGUUUAUUGAAUGUUUGCGCCGCAUACGAUCUAUUUAUGACGUUUCUCAUUGUAUUUAUAUUUCCAUGUAAAAGAAAAUGUUUUUGGUUCUUGUAUUUAUGGAGAGUGUUGACUGAGCGAAUGGGAACUGACUUGGUCAGCCAGGGUGACUGCAGCUGCUGGAGAGCCAACAAGCUGAUCGUGCGUUCUCUCCUCAUUCACUUUGCCGUUUCUGUGUUUGUCGCUUGUUUGGAGUAGUCUAUCUUAUGACCGAGAUAUCACUCGCACAAAGUAUUUUAAAACGCUUUUACAUGAAAAUGAGUGCUGUAACUUAUUUGCCAAUAAAGGAGGAAACUCCUCAUUCAUUAGCACAGCAUCGUUUCGAAGCCGUCUCCGGUCAAAUAAUAUCAGUUGACAUUCAAUCAUGUCCAUGUUUACUCCAAACUACACAUCUUUUAUCUUGGUCAUGUUGCUUGUAUUAUGCCUUUAAUGUUUUUUCUAAUAUAUUUUCUCAAUUGUUGUUGAAUUAAGGUUUGUUCAUUGUAAAUCCUCAGUUGUCCUGGAGUACAUUUUACAACCACAAAGAUCAUUUGAUUGUUUUGAUGUUGGGUUUGGGGGGAGGGGUGCAGGUGUAUUUAGACACUGUGCUGGAGAGUAUUACUGGAAAAUGCAACUUUGGAUUGGGUGUUUAUUUGCUGAUUCAUUUCUAUUUUUUAUAGUGUUUUUGCCCACAUGACAAAGCAAUCAUUGGAAAAUAAA